UAUUAGACAUUAGACAUUUAUUAGAUUUGCGGAAGAUAAGACAAAAUGGAUCGAUUCGUGUGGUCAAACGGACUGCUUGAGAUGAACGAAACUUUAGUAAUUCAACAAAGAGGUGUGAGACUGUACGACGGAGACGAAAAGGCUAAACUAGAUGUUGGGGUAGUUCUCUUGAGCACCCAUCGGUUAAUUUGGAGAGAUCAGAAGAAUCAUGAGUGCUGUAUAGCUAUACCACUGUCACAAAUCAUAUUUUUUGAGGAACAAGCUGCGGGUAUUGGUAAAAGUGCAAAGAUUGUCAUCCACUUGCAUCCAGCCUCUGCCAAUAAAGAACCAGGGCCGUACCAGCACAGCAAGUACUCCUACAUCAAACUGUCCUUUAAGGAACAUGGGCAGAUUGAGUUCUACAGACGACUAACGGAGGAGAUGACGCAGAAGAGGUGGGAGAAUACUCCAGCAUCUCAGCCUAUUCCCACGGCAACAGGAUCUCAGGCAGGAAGGACACGCGCAGUCGGGAUAGUGGGCAUUGAGCGGAAGAUAGAGGAGAAAAGGAAAGAAACGGACAAAAACAUUUCAGAGGCGUUUGAGGAUCUCAGUAAACUUAUGAUUAAGGCCAAAGAAAUGGUGGAGCUGUCUCGUUCCAUAGCCAGCAAAAUCAAAGACAAGCAGGGAGACAUCACAGAAGAUGAGACAAUCCGCUUCAAGUCCUAUUUACUGAGCAUGGGUAUUGCUAACCCUGUUACCAGGGAAACGCAUGGCUCAGGCACUCACUACCACAUGCAGCUGGCCAAACAGCUGGGGGACAUGCUGCAGGCACCACUGGAGGAGCGUGGGGGUAUGAUGGCUCUCACUGAAGUUUACUGCCUGGUUAAUCGGGCCAGAGGGAUGGAGCUUCUCUCUCCUGAGGACUUGGUGAACGCCUGUAAAAUGUUUGAGACGCUGAAGCUUCCGUUAAGGUUACGGGUGUUCGAUAGCGGAGUCAUGGUUGUUCAGCUGCAGUCUCACAGCGAGGAGGAGAUGAUAGCCUCUGCGUUAGAUAAUGUGUCUGAGAAGGGAUCACUCACUGCUGAAGAGUUUGCCAAGCUUCUAGGACUGUCUGUUCUUCUAGCCAAAGAGAGGUUGCUGCUGGCAGAAAAAAUGGGACAUCUAUGCAGGGACGACUCGGUGGAAGGCCUUCGUUUUUAUCCCAAUUUGUUUUGACACGUUCGGCCAAUGUUUUAUCAAUGUUCCUUUCCUGUAGGCCCCUCAGGCCCAGCCUAAGGGAGCUGAUUGUCCUUUAAACUGGGAGUGGAGCUCUAAAACUCUUCCUCCCUGGACCCCCCAUCACACUCUCUCUCUCUCUCUCUCUCUCUCUCUCUCUCUCCCUCUUUCUUUCUCUCUGGUGCUCUCUUUCUUUCUCCUCCUCACAGCUGUGCAGUUUCAACAUGUGCAAAGAUUCAGUAAUGUUCACCAGGGUACUUUUUUCAUUUUACAUAAUCUUCUAAGGCUGUGAAGAAAUCAAUGUUACCAGCUUUGUAUGGUGGAACGGUCCUUUAUGCAAAUUCAGGAAGU